CUGACAGCAGCUGACUUUCAAUACGAGCGAACGGAAGUUUUCCGUCGUCCACUUCUACUAUCUAAGACCUAUCUAAGACCUAUCUACAGAGUAGGCAGUGGAUAGACAUUAAUUAGUUCUCCGUCGUCUAAUUGCCUUAUCAUCACCACCUUCGUUUACGCUAGGUGCCUGGAUACGAACCUGAAGAUGUCCCUCGAGUCCAACGCACUCUACAUCGCGCUCUUCAUCCGCGACGACCCACCAAAGCCGAACGAUUAUCACUGGGCUCUCUACUACUAUCACAACAGCACUAGCAGUAGUAGUGGCAUGAAGUAUCACAUCCGCAACGAAGGUAACGGCUGGAUGGCCGCUCACGGCCUAGAAUCAGGCGCCGGCAUCCUCAAGACCUUCCUCCUGGUGGGACUAGUCCACAUUGCAAGUAUUCCUCCGACACCGCUAGCACAAGAGUCUCUCGAUCGCGUAUUUAGGAGCCACGAUGGGCAGCUGAAUGAGGAUGAGACUAUCACCUGCCGGACUUGGGCGUUGAAGGUGCUGCUGAGACAGUUGCAGGAGCAGUUAGGGGUGCUAGACGGGAUAGAGUUGGAGAUGUUAGAGCAGGAAGUGAUGGAAUGGGGGAACCAGUAUAGAUUCGAAGCGAGUCGGAAUGUACAGCCCAGGCCCGUGGGGAAGAGUCGAUAUCUGACAAUGUGAAGUGAGGUGAAGCUUAAGCUUCUCUUGUCUCCUGC